AUGAUGCAGUGUCCUGCCUUGAUCUCAAAUCACUGCCAUCUCCAACGUGUAUCUGCUUCCUUACCCAGCGGUCCAAGUCUGUCUUGUUUUACCCUCAUCCCCUGAACCACACUGACACCUCUCCGCCGUCGGACAAUCGUCUGAGGAGAUGUCUUCGACUUCACAAUCGCGCUGGGGUGCCUUUGCCUUCCACAGCGUCGCAGCAGCCAUUAUGGCUUACGGAUGGUCCAGCCUGCAGACUUUAUCCAUCAGCGAAUGGAUUCUGACGCAGAAAGGAGGUCAUUUCCAGUACCUUACGAUUCUAGGGCUACUCGUAGCUUGGCUUGCGAUGGUCAUGAGCACAAUAUCCGACUUGAUACCUGCCCUAAGGUUUGUGAAAGUGCUGAAGCGAACCCUGCUCAUGAUCGCCUUACCUCUGUCCAUUGUGAUAUCUUCCGUCUAUUGGGGGCUCUUGCUUUUCAUGCCUCACCUGAUCCUGCGACCUGAAGCAUCGGAGCCAUCUUCGUCAACGGAAGCACCAGCCUUUGCCCGUAUCCCCCUCAGAAUUGACCUCGCCUUACAUGCUGCUCCAGGCAUUGCACUUCUCAUCGACUUCGUCUUCCUUGAGAAGAAAUAUAGCGAGAAUCAGGCGAGAUAUGGCGGGUUUUCGGUUGCUGCUUUCUCCGGUCUGUUAUAUUCAACCUGGGCAGAGUAUUGCGCGAAAUUCAAUGGAAUCUUUCCCUAUCCGUUCCUUACUAACAGUGAAUUUCCCGUCCGCGUUGCGAUCUACGUUGUUCUUACACUUUUCGCUUAUUCCUUUUUCGUGUGGUUGAAUGCCCAGCGCCGUUGAUUGCGUCAAGUAUUCUUUGUAGAUUCUGUUCCAGAUAGAAAUGUAUAUCGCCAUGUGGAUGUUUGUGCUUGACAUGCUCGCCAUAAUUCUCAUGCUUCCGAUCGCGUUUCUCGAUCGCGUUU